UGCUUCUGUGUAGAGACAUGGUCAGCAUGAAAGGCGUUGUGUUGCUUUUGGUUUUUGCAGUGGUGGCACAGUGUGAGCGGGUCUUCAUUGGAGACCAGGUCAUCAGGGUCAGCGUGCAGUCUGAGGAACACAUCAAGCUCCUACAAGCUCUGGAGAAGGAGACGGACUCGGAGCUGGACUUCUGGCUCCAGCCCGUCUCCACCGAGCUGCCAGUGGACAUCCAUGUGCCCUACUCCCACCUGAGCACUGUCAAGGAAUACCUUGGCGCUCACAAUGUCCCCUUCACCACCAUCAUCAACAACCUUCAGGAGCUCUUGGAUGAGGAGAAGGUUGAGAUGGAAGAGAACAGGAUGGUGGAACGCAGCCUCAGGAGUUUCAAUUUCGGCGCUUAUCAUCCUCUGGAGACUAUUUACAGUUGGAUGGACUCCCUGGUGGCUGAGCACCCUAACCUGGUCACCAAGGUGGAGAUUGGAAGAUCUUAUGAGAACAGGCCCAUGUAUGUCCUGAAGUUCAGCACUGGUGGCAACAAGCGUCCAGCAAUCUGGAUCGAUACCGGCAUCCACUCCAGGGAAUGGGUGUCUCAGGCUACUGGAGUUUGGACAGCCAACAAGAUUGCCACUGACUACAACAAAGACGCUUCUGUGACCUCCCUCCUGAACACCAUGGACAUCUACUUGCUGAUUGUGGCCAACCCUGAUGGCUAUGUUUACACCCACACCAACGAUCGUAUGUGGCGUAAGACCCGUUCCAGAAACCCUGGUUCCAUGUGCCGUGGAGUGGACCCUAACAGGAACUGGGAUGCAGGCUUUGGUGGUCCUGGUUCCAGCAGCAAUCCCUGCUCUGAGUCUUACCACGGUGCCUCUGCCCACUCCGAGAUCGAGGUGAAAAACGUGGUGAACCUGAUAAAGAGUCAUGGAAAUUUCAAGUCCUUCAUCUCCGUCCACGCCUACUCCCAGCUGCUUAUGUAUCCCUACGGCUACACCUGCAAAAAUGUGCCCCACCAGCCUGAACUUGACUCCAUCGGCAGGGCUGCAGUCAAAAAACUCACCUCCCUCUAUGGCACCCGGUACAAGGUUGGAAGCAUCUGCAAAAUCAUCUAUCAAGCCAGUGGCGGCAGCAUUGACUGGUCCUACAACCUGGGCAUCAAAUACUCAUUUGCUUUCGAGCUGAGGGACACUGGUCGUUAUGGUUUCAUCCUGCCAGCCAAUCAGAUCAUCCCCACUGCCACUGAGACCUGGCUGGCCCUGAAACACAUAAUGGAGCACAUUCGCGACCACCCGUAUUGAUGACUGCGACCACGUCUACGGACUUUGUGUUUGGUCAGACUCUGACUCUAACCAAUAAAGACUAGACUUUAUUUCU